CAGAAGGCAAAAGUAUCCCUUGGGCGAUCCUUCCUUGAGCGAAUGGCAGCUAGAGGCCAUCUCGCAGCAUACCUAUACUUCAACUUUCAAAAAGAGAAGGGACACUGGACAGAGGUCAAAAUAACUUGCAAUAGUAAUCUUCCAUCUCAAGAUUUUACCUUGAACACCUAGAGCACGUUCCAUCGAAACACUUACUAAUAUUGUUACAAUUCUUGGCAAGAACCAGCCAUUCUCUCCCCCAACGUCAAUGGUCACACACACAGUGCCCAGCACACAUCACCAGCUCUCCGGUUCCUCUCUAGUCCACCCUUGAUCUCUUCAGAUCAUCUUCCAAUAUGUCAGCCCGUUUCGUGCACAAACGCCUCCACGACAGGUCAGCAUCACACCGCAGCUCUCCCCUCCAACCUAUACCAUCAAUCUCGCAAGUCCACUAUCUUAACCGUCCACACACCUCCGGUCUUGGUGCCAUCGCAACCCCUAUCGAAAUGUUCCUCCUUUUACUUGCUAUUCUUGCGCUUCUCGCCUUGGUCACCUGGCUAGCAUGGAUCGCCCUCUCACACUGCGUCAAGUUCGUCCGAGGAAAGAUGGAUGAUCUGGAUGUGGGCCAGCAGACGAAAAAGAAUGUGAAGAGAGCUGAGGAGGCUCCGAAGAAGGCGUUUCAGUUUGGAAUAGAUGUGGGGCGGACGGCAAUGGGAUUUUUUGAUGGGUUUCGGAGGGGUGAACGUGGAGAGGAAAGGAGGGGAAGGCAAGGCGAGAGGAGAGGUCUGCUUAGACACGAUACGUAUGAGGAGAGGGUGGUGACCGGCAUACCGAGAGGGAUUUAUAUUUGGGGGUAUGGAUAUGAUAGAGAGAGGUGCGGCGACGGGACGAACGAUGUUUCGAGCCCGAGAAGCAGGAGCGUGAGUGUGCGCCACAGGGAGGAUUGCGACGGAGAGUGUGGCUUGGAGGGGAGGAGACGGAGUAUGGACUCAUGAUAUGUCCUUCGUAGACUUGGAGUGCAACCAUUUUGGGUCGAGAAUUGCGCGAGAAUGGUAGACUAAGCGUUGAAUAGGAACAAGAGGCAUAUGUGUACUGCAGGCAGUAGAACAAUCCGUUGGGCAUUCCAUACAAUACAGAAAGCACUUUCUCUUCUGCGGAAUCUGCAGUGAACAUAGCAAAGACUUC